UUAUAUUCACUCCGCUGCCCAACAGUAGCCUGCAUUCUUUCGCAAACAUAGGCUAUUUAUCAACUAAUGAUUAACAAAAUUCCUCUAAAUCCGAGCGAGUGACUACACACUUAGUCUGUGCUUUUAUGGUAGCACAACCUUUAUGUUUUGUGAGUAUAAAACGCCCAAAAAUGUGUUUGAUAUAUGUUGUUGGUGUGCUGGUCAUAACAAGCGGAGUUUUUAGCCAAGACACAACAACCGUACUGCCAGAGGUUCGAGAAGUGUUUGCAGCAGUGGGUUCAUCUGUGAAGAUACCGUGCACUGACGGAGAGGAAAAAGGGGUGGAGUGGAGAUUGAACAGCUCAGUGCUCGUCUCAAGCCCCGUUCUCUUCAUACAGAACACUAGUUUGAAGAACCAAGGCAUCUACACCUGCCACCAACCAAACGGAAACCUGAUACUAACAGUAUCUCUACACCUGGGAUAUCCCCCUUCUCCUCCGGAUGUGCAUUGUUGGUCUCCAACUUACCCUAAAAGGGCCAUAUGUUCUUGGACACUGACUCCAGACCCAAUACUUCCAACACACUAUAUUGCUACAUACAGGAGUUUUUCAGAACCACUCUCAAGUGCCCGUCAAUGCCACAAAUGGGAAGAACAAGACAGGCAAUGUGCGCUAGAGGAACUGGAGAUCUUUGCAGGAGAACCAACUCUUAUCAACAUCACAGCUAUUAAUGCUCUGGGAAGCACAACACGCAUAUGGCCAUUUAUAUUUGAGCAGAUAGUGAAACCUGAUCCUCCGGUGAAUGUGAGCGUGAUGGUAAUGCCAGGCAAGAAGUUGUCUGUUCAGUGGGGUCCACCACCCACUUGGCCGGAUCCUGUCAACUUUCUGCUUAAAUACACAGUGAAAUACCACUGGGGCAAACAUGGGACAGCUAGAACUCUUGGCCCUUAUGAGUCUAGCAAAAUGGUUCUGAGUGGACUGGUGGCAGGAAGGACUUAUUACAUCCAAAUAUCUGCAAAGGACUUCCUUGAUGAUGGGCGGACCAGUGACUGGAGUGCACCAAUAAGUGCCACUAUACCCAUCAACUGAUAUGAUGAAUCACUACAUUAACCAAAAGGGUUACGUUUCAAUGUUUAUUAUUUCACCGAAUUGUAACUUUGUUU